UUUGUAAAUUACACACAAGAAAUCGAAGGUCUUGCAAAGGUCUGAAGUCUGAACUGCUGGGCUGGACUCCAAUAUUGACAAUAUCUUCAAAGUUUUAAUAAUUUCUGUUUCUAUAUUCGUUUGGUUAUAGUCACACCAACAGAGAAAGCUGGACGAUGCCACGAACUGAGGAGUAGACAAGAACUCGACAGGGUUGGUCCUCAUGCCUUACAUGUGAAGAGGACUUCUCAUUUCAUCAAGAUGUUUUAUAUGAGGCAUUCUGUGAAAGUGUGUGCUUUCCACUAUCAGUGGGCUAGCAGAAGUACUCUGAGUUAUAACAGAAUGCUGUGUUCAAGAUUUGUUGCCUCAAGUGUCCUUUCACAACGUCCCAUUGUCUCAUCGGUUAAGACGUGUUUGUACAACACUUUUCUUUUUCAAAAGAGCUCUUUAUUUCAUUUAUGUCCACUCAUCACCACAGUGAAUAAUGUUCAAGGCUUCCUCACACAUUCGGUGUGUCUCUCAAGUCGUUAUGGAGGUGCCAGCGCAUCUUCGCUUGAUGUGAACAAUCUGUUAGGUGAGGUUAAAAACCCUGGUGCAAUAGAGUCCUUGUUCCAGAGGCUCAUCGCCCAGGACAGAGCCUCUCUGGCUAAAGCGAUCACGUUGGUUGAAUCGACACAUCCGCAGAGGCAGAAACAAGCACAGCUUUUGUUGACUAAAGUCCUCUCACAUAUGAGGGAACAUGACCAGCACCAUUUGAAGGGUCCAAGAUCUUUCAGAAUAGGUUUAUCAGGCCCUCCUGGUGCAGGCAAGAGUACUUUCAUUGAAGUAUUUGGUAAACACCUAACAAGCAUUGGCCAUAGAGUUGCAGUCUUGGCAGUGGACCCAUCUUCCUCCACAACAGGAGGAUCUUUGCUUGGAGACAAAACCAGAAUGCCAGAGCUGUCUCGUGACAUGUCUGCUUACAUUCGCCCAUCACCUUCAGCGGGCACUCUCGGGGGUGUGACAAGGACUACUAAUGAAGCCAUCGUGUUGUGUGAAGGAGGUGGCUUCGAUGUCAUACUAGUGGAGACUGUUGGUGUGGGCCAGUCCGAGUUUGCAGUGGCUGACAUGGUAGAUAUGUUCUGUCUAUUGAUCCCUCCUGCAGGGGGUGAUGAGUUGCAGGGUAUAAAGAAGGGCAUCGUGGAAGUGGCUGACUAUGUGGUUGUGAACAAAAGUGACGGUGACCUAGUGCCAGCAGCGAGAAGGAUUCAGGCGGAGUAUACAAGUGCUCUGAAAUUUAUGCGACCCAGGUCUAAAGUGUGGAAGCCAAAGGUAACUCGUAUUUCGUCACUGGACAAGUCUGGCAUCCCAGAAUUGUGGGAAACUUUGAAAGAGUUCAAGAAUCUGACCUUGGCUGAGGGUGAACUCACUGCCCGCAGAGAGAAACAGCUGAAUCUCUGGUUCCGUAGUCACAUCCGUGACCACAUCAUGGGCCGAUUUGAACGUCAACCACAUAUACAACGCCUUUUGCCAGAGAUGGAGAAUCUGGUGACCAGAGCUUUGGUCACUCCUGGACUGGCCGCUGAUUACAUGUUGGAGCAGUUUCUUGGUGGUUCUGGUGACAGUUGACAGCAGAGAUCAUAGGGGUAUUCUCGUGGUUGUAGCAUCUGAAAACUUUUUUGUAUAUAUAACCCAGUUUCUUCAUUACAAUGCUUGGAAGU